CUGUGUAUGUUUCUGGAGUCCUGAGCCUGAGCUAAACAAAAGCAGGAGGCUGACGGGGCUGCUGGAGUUUGCAGAGACACGGUGGAGGAGAGAGCCUGUGCUCUGCCUUGCCGCCGCGGCUGGGGGAGAUCUGGCUUUUGCAACAGCCCACCCCCUUUGAGAUCACUCUGGCCCGGAGCGGGGGUGGGGGGCAGCGGGGGGUGGGGGGGAAAGUUUGCAUUGCAAUCCCCCUGCCUUCCUCUCCUUUCUCCCGAUCAAUGCAUAUUUGCAAAAGGAUUAAGCCACAGAUAUAAGCGCCGGGAGCCCAUUUCUGCCUUGCAAAGGAUACCGGACUGAAAAACCAAAAGCCAGCUCUGAUUUCUUUUCGUCAAGUGGGAAGGUGGUUUAUUUUUCUUGCUUUUUGGAGUCAACACCCUUCCCCACCAGCCCUUAUCCCCACCCUCACCCCGCAACCCCUUCACGCCCCCCUCCCCCUCCCCACUCCCCAUCCUCCCACCAUCCUCUAAAGAGGCAAAGGGAUUUUUUUUUUCUUUUUCUUUUGGUCUUCUUUUUCCCCCCCUUCCCUGUUUAUCCUGAAAAGGAUUUGAAGACAGCUUGAAGGAUAAAAAGCCUUGGUGCUUCCCAGGAGCCGAGCCGAGGAGCAGAAGAGGAAGAGCCGGGGGCUGCCGUUGCCUUUGGAGAUGGACGAGCAGCCCAGGCUGAUGCAUUCCCAUGCUGGGGUCGGGAUGGCCGGACACCCCGGCCUGUCCCAGCACUUGCAGGAUGGGGCCGGAGGGACCGAGGGGGAGGGCGGGAGGAAGCAGGACAUUGGAGACAUUUUACAGCAAAUUAUGACCAUCACAGACCAGAGUUUGGAUGAGGCGCAGGCCAGAAAACAUGCUUUAAACUGCCACAGAAUGAAGCCUGCCUUGUUUAAUGUGUUGUGUGAAAUCAAAGAAAAAACAGUUUUGAGUAUCCGGGGAGCGCAGGAAGAAGAGCCAACAGACCCCCAGCUGAUGCGACUGGACAACAUGCUGCUGGCGGAGGGGGUGGCCGGGCCAGAGAAGGGUGGCGGCUCGGCCGCGGCGGCUGCGGCGGCGGCAGCUUCUGGAGGCGCCGGUUCCGACAAUUCGGUGGAGCAUUCUGAUUACAGAGCCAAACUCUCACAGAUCAGACAAAUCUACCACACGGAGCUGGAGAAAUACGAGCAGGCCUGUAAUGAGUUCACCACCCACGUGAUGAAUCUCCUGCGAGAGCAAAGCCGGACCAGGCCCAUCUCCCCGAAGGAGAUCGAGCGGAUGGUCAGUAUCAUCCACCGCAAGUUCAGCUCCAUCCAGAUGCAGCUGAAGCAAAGCACGUGUGAGGCCGUCAUGAUCCUGCGUUCCCGGUUUCUGGAUGCGCGGCGGAAGAGACGGAAUUUCAACAAGCAAGCGACGGAAAUCCUGAAUGAAUAUUUCUAUUCCCAUCUCAGCAACCCCUACCCCAGUGAGGAAGCCAAAGAGGAGUUAGCCAAGAAGUGUGGCAUCACAGUGUCCCAGGUAUCAAACUGGUUUGGAAAUAAACGAAUCCGGUACAAGAAGAACAUAGGUAAAUUUCAAGAGGAAGCCAAUAUUUAUGCUGCCAAAACAGCUGUCACUGCUACCAAUGUGUCAGCCCAUGGAAGCCAAGCUAACUCACCGUCAACUCCCAAUUCAGCUGGUUCUUCCAGUUCUUUUAACAUGUCAAACUCUGGAGAUUUGUUCAUGAGCGUGCAGUCACUCAAUGGGGAUUCUUACCAAGGGGCCCAGGUUGGAGCCAACGUGCAAUCACAGGUGGAUACCCUUCGCCAUGUUAUCAGCCAGACAGGAGGAUACAGUGACGGACUCGCAGCCAGUCAGAUGUACAGUCCGCAGGGCAUCAGUGCUAAUGGAGGUUGGCAGGAUGCUACUACCCCUUCAUCAGUGACCUCCCCUACAGAAGGCCCUGGCAGUGUUCACUCUGAUACCUCCAACUGAUCUCCCAGCAGUCGCAUCCCGGCUGACCCUGUGCUCCAGUCGGGGCCGGGCCAGGAGGGAGGGUUUCUCAACGCUGAAGCGGUCAGACUGGAGGUCGAAGCAAUCAGCACACACAAUAAGAGUCUCCUUCUCUUCUCUUCUUUGGGAUGCUGUUUCAGCCAAUCUGGACACUUCUUUAUACUCUCUUCCCUUUUUUUCUGGGUAGAAGCCACCCUUCCCUGCCUCCAGCUGUCAGCCUGGUGUCCAUCAUCUUCCCUGCCCCUUUCCCUCUGUCCUAGACUCCCUGGGUCCCUGCCCUCUAUUACAUCCCUGAAGGAUAUUUUCAACAAUUAGAGGAAUUUAAAGAGGAAAAAAAAAAUACAAAGAAAAUAAUAAAAGUGUUGGUAUGUUUUCAUGCUGGUGGUUUGAGGGGCCAGACUUACCUCCCUGGGAUCCCUUGCUCCCUCUGUUAACAGGCAGUCCUUCUCUGUUUCUCUCGUUACUCUCACUACCUCUUAGCAGGAAUACGCCACAUUGCCCUACUCAUUCCAGGCCGCCCUACCUCCUCUUGCUCUAACCUCCCCGGGGGCGAUUCUGAUUAGAAUACAAUUCCUCCUCUUCCUUCUCAGCCCCAGGUAUUCUUUGGGGGCUGCCUUUGCUGGGCUUCUACAAGUGCCACAGUUUCUGGGUUCACCUCUGCUAGCUUGGUUCCCAGCAGGAAGUCAGGCAGCAAGAGAAGCCUCAAGGAACAAGGGUAGAAUUCCUAGAGGCUUUUGCAUCUUCCCAAUAACAGCUCUUGGUUUCAGAGGGACAGUCUCUGGAGACCGUGCAGUAAGUGGUGUUCAGAAUCUACUGCAAAACCAGGUCUGAGUUAGGCAUGGUGGUGAAUGCAUCACUAAGGAGUAGAAGGUUCUUAUCCUGCAACCCUUUACCUAUCCCCUUUCUCUCUCUCUCUCUCUCUCUCUCUCUCUCUCUCUCUCUCUCUCUCUCUCUCUCUCUCACACACACACACACACACACACACACACACAAGCAUACAAACGUAGGCAUGUGCACAGCCUCACACAUUUCACUUGCCCCAAAUCAGGCACGUGCCACAUUCAGAUACCUAUAUUAGUAACCAUAGCAUUAUACCUUGUGAGCCCAUGAGAGGGAAUUAACAACUCUGAGUGAAGGUCACUGACAGAGAAGCAGCGUGUGCCUGGGGCUUCCAGGCCCCCAGCGUGCACACACCAGAACGACAUACACAGGACUCGAUCGUGAUGAAGCCCAGGUUUCCAGUACAAACCAAUCCUGUUCUCACCACCUCUGGAGCUCUCAGGGAGCCACACACAGUACUUACAAAGCCUACAAUGGAUUUGGUUCUGUUUUGUUUUUGUGUUUAUGUUAGGGACAUUGUAUUAAUUAUCCAAAGGGUUAUAUGGCUCCAACAUUCUCGUCCUGGAGGAGAAAGACGUAUAAGAACAUGGCUUGGGCAAACUUUUUGCUUGCUUACUUUGAAGACCUGAGAGUGAUGGAGAGCAGGGAGGUCAUGCUUUCAGUGAAAUCAUCCAUGAUUUUUAUUCCCUGGUAAUAUCUGAGCGUGAAGAGUAGGUACUAGAAAGCUGUCCUCAUGUCGCCUGUGCUCACAUGCUUCAUAGCCAACUGUGCCGGCAAUAAACAUGGCAGCUCUGUCACUUGACUAAGUGGGAGGUGGUGCCUCAUUUUCUUCAUCUGUAAAAUGGGGGUUAUUACGCCUGGCUCACCAAGAGGCGUGUGAGAGGCCGAAGAAGUUGAUUUCAUUCAUAUCCAAUCUGUAAUUGUGAAGUCAGGGGAAGAAGCAUCCCUAAGAUAAACUGGUUCAUGCCACAUAGGGGCAAUAAAUGGUUUUCCUGUUCUAACUUCUGGUUAACAUUAGUACCCUGAGGUCAUCAGCCUGAUGACAAAGAGAAGGGUUAGUGUUGUUCCUUCUGUUUGUUUUGGUCUGCUUGGUUUCUUAGAAUAGAGAUGUCUCUAAAUUGGAAAAAAUGGGACGUGGUUCUCUAAGCUUGUACUUGAAUCCAGUAUGUGGCCUUGUAACUACUUAGUCCCUGUCACAUCUGCUAUGUUUGAGCGGCCUCCGGGAGAGGUAUAAGACCCUGAGGGGUGAGAGUGGCCAGCUAACAAGGUCAUGGACAUUCUGCAUGACGCUUCAGUAAUGGUUCGAAAAUGUUCCUGUGUGUGGGUGUUGGGAGGCGGGGGGUUAACCUAAGGAACUAGAAGGUAUGUGUAUUUGAAGGAAAUGCAAAAAGUAAAUAGUUGGCAAGAUGGCAUCAUGCCUGGAUGACUGAGGUCAGUAGAAAGACUCUCUUCUAACCAGUGCCAUAAUCAGAGCAGGGCUUGAUAAAGAGGAUUCCUGGAAGGAGCCAUCCUGUGACCAUUCUACAGUGAUUAAAACCAGUGGAGAACUUUGUCUGAGUGGCAGGGAUCUAUUGAAACUACCCACAGAGGAAUAUGGUGGGAUCGCCUCCCCCUGAUUAGGGGCAAAGUACAAAAGGGACACAAAAGGGUUCUCUUGGAAACAGGAAGAAUGAUUCCAGAUUUGGGUUGAAUGAUUGCCGUUUUAAGCUGAUGAAAUAGAUCAGAGCAGUGCUACCUUUGCACAGGCAGUCUCUCUCCCUGCAGUAGUUUGCACUGAUCACCUCUCACAGCAUCUUCCCCACCUAGCACUUCAUGCAGUGCUCUUCACAUCCAGUACCUUUCCCACGACUUCCCCUCCUCGCCUACGAUCACAUCCACCGUGGCGGCCACCACAUCUCUUUGCAUUAAGCGAAGCAUGAGAACACUGGCAGCGGAAGGUUGGGGGUGGAAAGUAGCGUGCCUCUGGAAAUACAGCUCCCUGGGAAUUCGUAUUAGGUCGAUCCUACAGAUACCAAAAUGUGCCCCAAGACUCCUUCAUUUUCUGAUGGAAGUGGGAGCGCUCCAUUUUCCCUGGCAGAUUUCCCCUGAGAAAUGAUACUAGCCCUAGGGUUUGCCCACCUUGUAACUCUUCAUCACAUCCUCCUUUUCAUCCCUAACUCCUCCCCCUGGCUUGGAAUUGACUCCUGUGCGGUACUUUUGCCAAGUGACACCUUUCCAUUUAUUUUUCAUUUUGCUGUGGUGGUAGUUCUUUAUUUACUAUUUGCCUUUUCUCUCACAUAUCUUCCCUGCCCCUCUUUCCUUCUGAGUUUUAUUUUUCUGCCCAGAAAAACCUGACUUCGAUACCAAAAAAAGAUGAAACUACAGAAACUCAAAUUUAAAAAAAAAAACUUAAAAAAACACAAAAAAAUACUCGACGAUUCUUUCAGCUUUAUUAACAUUUUCCAUUGUUUCUUGCGACUCGUGUCUCGUUCUUUGUAGUAUUGAUGAUGAACAUUUGAUAAUGAAUGUUCUUGUAUAUUCAGAUAAAGAAAAAAAACCAAAAAAGCGGUCUGAAUUUAAUAGUGUUUAUAAUAAAAAUUUUAAAAAUGACCCUCAUAGCACGCAAAACAGGAUGGGGGAUUUCCCCUCUUCUUUCUGUGACAAUGCACAUCAUUCCUGCAUUAGUUCUUAACACCGAACUACCUACAUUCACCAUUUCCCCCAUUUUUCUUUUAUUUUCUUGCAUUUGUGAAUUAGUUCAAGAAUGCUAGAAAAGUGUCGAGUUGUGCACAUCCAUUUCCUGUUUCACAAUGUUUAAAAGUGACAGUAAUUCAUUUUGUAAACUAAAAAAAAAAAAAAAAAAAAGGUUGGAAUAGUGAGCAUAAUAGGUACAGCCUAACACGUUAUUAUGUUUAUUAACUUCGAGACCCAGAAAUAAAUUCUUUUCUUUUCUUUCUUCUGCUCUUUAAAAUAUAAAAAAAGAAACUAUGUUUUGUUUUGUGUUAUUUUUGGUUUGUUUAUGGGGGGGCUUUUUUUAAUUGUCAGGAUUAUGGUCUUGCUGUUUUUAUUCCUUAAAUAUGUAUUUGAGGUGAUGUGAAAAGAUGACAUUUGUAGAAUAGGCUGUUUCCUUGUACUUCCGUUUGUUUCAGAAUUCAGUUGACUUCAAAGAUCAAGCCCACAAUGAUUCAUAUUCUUUCACCUGCAUUUUUUGGAGUGUGUGGCAUUCUUGCAAUCCCUGAGAAAAACAAAGGCAAGGACUUGAGUUUUCUUUUUAGCCCUUUAACAAUUCAAGGAAUUGGUCCAGGAGACCUUCUUGUACUGUAGGGAAAGGUUUUUGCCUUGGUUGAUUGUGAAUGACACAAUAAAAUGCUUUCUUUUCUUUCUUCCUGAUUAAUAACAACGUUCCACGACUCUUUCCAGCUAGAGAGGAUUUUUUUCUUCCAGUAGAAUCCCACAGGAGCUCCUGGUGGGCUGUGCCCCAUUGGCUGAGUAGACCAGAUCCAGGAAGCCGUCCUAGAGUCAUUUGGCCUACUGAUCUUUUGAGCCAGACUCAGUGCUAUUACAGUGCUGAGCAGUUACACCUGAUUCAUUGGCAGUGCGCCUUGUCUGAACCUCUGAUUUAGGCAGCUGUCAAACUGGCUUGAUUUGGGAUGUUUUUGUUAAGUUAGGGGAGAAAAGAAAGCAAUAUUAUCUGGAGGAAGCUUAAUUUAAAUGUUUUUCAUUCAACAAAUGAUUAAGCAUUCAGAAAGCAGCAAGAACCCAAGCAAGAAGAGUUAAGAACACUUUAGGAAGUGUUUCUACCCAAACGCUUGCACUCUUGUUUUUAAGUCAUAACAAAAUAAUGACAAGCUUUUCACAUCACCUUUAUGGUUUCAAUCCCUAGCUCAAAGCUUUCUGGAAUCUUUUAUUUUUUUGUAAACUUUUUUUUCCUUUUGUUAAAAUUAAUAAAACAUCCAAUGUUUUCCCCCUUUUCUCUCUUUUUACUUCUUUUCUUUCCUUUGGUGUUUUCAACUAUUUUGAAGUGCUUUCCUUUGGUUUUUGGUUUUAUUCUCCCGCUCCCCCUCCCCUGUUCUUAUUAUUCAGAGUAUAAACCUGCAAAGCUCUGCUCUGUUUUGGUUUUGAAAGUUUAAGCUUUCCUGCUUCUGUGAGAGCACAGGCUUCUGUCCCUUUUGAUUCCAACUGAAAUUUUGUGUUCUCUAAUGAUACUAACACGGUGUAGGUUUUACAGUCUCCUAAUUUGUACUGGUAAUGCAUAUUCCAAAUAAAUAGUUUCUUUUGUUGCAAAAAA